AGAGCAAAGCAGUGUGUGAGCUUCAAAGGGUGUGAGAGCCAUGGAAGUGACUCUCCCUCACUCAUCUUCUUCUUCUCUCUCCAUAAUCCCUACAUUUUCAGCUAAAACCCUAAAAACCCAUUUCAAAUUCACCCCAAAUUUGCAUAAUAAAUCAUCCAAAAACCUCUACUCUUUCAAAUUCUGUUGUACUUGUGGGAUUUCAAGAAACAGAGCAACUUCAAUAACAGCUUCUUCUUCAUCAUCUAUUACACACAUUUCCCCAUCUUUUCCCAAUUCUACAACAACUCAACGCCACUGGAUGGUUCUCAUGGAAACCCCUCCCAAUGGGGUCAGUUCCAAAACUGAGGUCAUUGAUUACUAUGUUGAGACCCUUGAAAGAGUAUUAGGCAGUGAGGAGGAUGCUCAAAUGUGUAUAUAUAAUGCUUCUUCCAAUCUGCCAUAUGGGUUUUGCUGCGACAUUGAUGAUGUGGUAGCUGAUGAGAUUGCUGGUAUGCCUGGGGUACUAUCAGUUAUACCUGACCCUGAUUUUGAGUCGAUGGUGAAAGACUAUAGCUACACAAAUGGUCAGUUAAGUUUCCUAUCAACUUCAUACAUGGAAGGCUCUUCAUUAUUUCCGUCUGGGACUUCGAAACACUGGCUUGUUCGUAUGGCUAGGCCAUCUGUUGGAGUCAUAAGAAAAGGCCCAGUGGUUGACUAUUACGUUCAAGUUCUAACCAAAGUUCUUGGGAAUGAAAAGGAUGCACAGAUGUGCUUAUAUCAUGUGUCCUGGCAAUCCAAUUAUGGAUUUUGUUGUGAAUUAGAUGAGGUGUGCACUCAAGAAUUAACUGGAGUGCCUGGUGUUCUAUCUAUUCAGCCAGAUGAAAAUUUUGACUCGGACAAUAAAGACUAUGGAGGUGGGAAUUUGAAGCUGAGUGAAGAUUCUCAGGAAUCUGCAGCAUCAAAUGGGGAAGCAGAUGUUAGAACCAAGAAGCUUUUUGUGACUGGUUUGUCAUUCUAUACAUCUGAGAAAACGUUACGUGCAGCAUUUGAAGGCUAUGGUGAACUUGUUGAAGUUAAAAUCAUCAUGGACAAAAUUUCUAAGAGAUCGAAAGGUUAUGCAUUUGUCGAGUACACAACACUGGAGGCAGCAAGUGCUGCUCUCAAAGAGAUGAAUGGCAAGAUUAUCAAUGGCUGGAUGAUAACAGUUGAUGUUGCUAAGACAAAUCCUCCAAAAUACAGCAGAGGUCGACCGGGAACAGCUAGAAUAUUGUAGAAAAGACAGACUAGAUGAAAUAUACAUCAAUUUUAACCAUGGUUAAGUGAUAAUUGUGUAUCUUCAAACACAUGUCAUGCCUCCAUUGGUUUAGUGUAAACGCCCAAUGUGGGUAAGUUUUACCAGUUUAAUCGUUAUAUAGAAGAUCAGAGAGAUGAGAUCGUUCACUGCUUAAAUGACUGAGCCAGUUUUGAAGGUCAUGAAGUGAGACACUCUAUAUUGCAGAAUCUUGUAAAUUGUCCUAAUGAUAUUUAAUUCUUAAUGGAGAAACACACAUGUAGAACUGCAAAUGAUUUACCACUAUCUUCCAUUUUUUCUAGUAC